UAAUAAGUAAUAAAGUGCAAAACAUUUGCAAUUUUUGAUCAUAAAUCAUUCAUUAAACCGGUAAACAAUGCAUAAUUGUAUUAAAUUAUUAAUACUAGUUAUUUCGAUCUGCAAAAGAAGCUUCAGCACUGAAAUUUGUAAACCGAAAGUUGCUAUAAUAGGUGGAGGUAUCGGAGGCGCUUCCGCCUCACACUACCUUACUGAUUUGUUCAAAAACAAUUUGAAAAUUGAUCUUUUUGAACCUAUCAAACUGGGUGGACGUUUGGCAACGAUAGAAAUUGGUGAAAACGAAUAUGAAGCUGGCGGUUCUGUGAUACAUCCGAGGAAUAAAUAUAUGCAAUAUUUCGUGAAACUUCUCGGGCUAGAGAAAAAAGAUCCUGGUGGAAGUUCCAUAUCGGGAAUAUGGAACGGAGAGAAAUUCGUUUUCACAGAAAGUAAAUGGGAGAUAGUUACUUUGACAAAAAUGAUUUACAGAUAUGGAUUUCAACCGAUCAAACUCAAUAGAUACGUUAACUGGAUCUUGGAUAAUUUUGACAAAAUAUACGAUUUUCAUGAGAGUGGUGUAGCAUUUGAAAAUGUAUCUUCAUUGCUCUACGCUUUGAACCAUGAUUUUCCUGGUCUUUUAAAUAUUUCUCUGAAAGAUCAUCUACAUAAUCUCGAGUUUUCGACACUAUCAAUAGAUGAAUUGGCUGAAGCUACAUUAGUCGUAAAUUACAAUCAAGAAACUAACGUUCACAGUUUCGUAGGCCUUGUUUCCAUAGCAGGAGCAGGUUCAGAUCUUUGGUCCAUUAAAGGAGGAAACAAAAAGGUUCCCGAAAACCUGAUACGUAGAAACAAUCUGGUCAAAGUAAUUCCCUCUGGUGUAGAGAAAAUACGUUUGGUUUUGAAAAAUGAGAAUUCACUGCAAUAUGAAUUAUUCUACAGGAACAAAGUUACAGGGAACCCAGACUUUGUAUCGGACUUUUACGACAUUGUCAUAAUUGCAACACCAUUAACAGUUGAUCAAGAAUAUCCUAUCAAAUUUGAAGAAUUUCCUCCAGAGACACUUUUCCACUUUCCCGGAAAAUAUCAAACAACUGUCGCUACUUUCGUUCACGCGAAUUUGAAUACGUUUCAUUUUGGAUUAGAAGAUGAGAUCGACGCUGUUUAUAGUUGCAAUCCGAACUUUACAAAUAUUAGUUCUGUUGGGAAAGUAGAUUCUGUUUCGGAACCUAAAAAAGGAACUUUAAAAACCUGGAAAGUCUUUACAAAAGAAAAUAUGACACCAGCCUUUAUGAAUAAAAUUUUUUCCCAGGUUGGAGAUUUUAAGGUAAAAAGUUGGAAAGCCGCCUAUCCCCGAUAUUCUACGGAAAAUCGCUUUGAUAGAUUCAAACUUCAGGAAGGUCUUUACCACGUGAAUGCGAUAGAAUGGGCCGCGAGUGCCAUGGAAAUGAGCGCAAUAGGAGGAAGAAAUGUUGCCAUAUUAGCGUACAAAGACUUCACUAAAAAAUGCUCAAGUUACGAAACAGAAAGGAAGACAGAAAAGGCUCAUUCUUCAGAAUUAAAAUCAACCUCUAAACUGUGAAUCAAGUUUGGGAUUCAGAGUGGAGACAAAACUGCGCAAAUAUUAAAUAGUAUUAUAAAACUUGUGUUAAUUAUACAGGAUGAAAGGUAUCGAACAAUUUAGUGAAAUUCUUUAGACCUCAGGGUGGUUGACCGAGAAUUUUUUUUAUAAAUAUUCAUUAAAAACGUUGAGACUGUCUCAAAUUAAAAAUUAAGCAAUUAUUUUUCUUUUAAACUUGUUUAUUUUUUAAUGCAUGGGACACAUUUUUUUCAACCAGGAGCUGUCCCGGAUUUUUUGUUUUCAAGAUUUAAGUGGCCAUCCUGGGACCUAUAGAACAAUUUUUAAUCUAGUAGAAAAAUUAUGCUUAAAACUUAGAGAUUCCAAUAUUCUUGAUAUUCGUGUAUAAUAGUGGAGAUUAAUAAAUCUUAGGUAUGUAAAA